AUGAAGAAAGCACAAGUGGUGUUUAUUCCAUUUCCGGUUCCGAGCCAUCUAGUUUCCACCCUUGAGUUCGCGAAGCUUCUAAUCAAUCAUGAUAACCGUCUCCGAAUAACCAUCUUGCUCAUAAAAUUCCCACACACAACAGAAACUGAUGUUUACACUAAAUCACUUCCCAUCUCCGAUUCUCUCAACUUCAUCAACCUUCCAGAAUGUUCUCUUCCCCCAGACACCAAGCCAAAUUUGGCCAUGCACGCUCUCAUCGAAGCUCAGAAACCAAACAUCAAACAAACUGUCUCCGACCUCACUGCUGGAGAAGGACAACAUGGACACCUCGCUGCCUUCGUUGUUGACAUGUUCUGCACCAAUAUGAUUGAUAUUGCCAAAGAAUUUUCCGUUCCUACACUCGUCUUCUCCACUUCCGGCGUUGCUUCCCUUGGAUUGAAUCUUCAUCUUCACACUCUCCGUGAGAAAGUUGAUUUGAAUCAGUUGUUGAAGCACACAGAGUUUAGCAUCCCGAGUUUUGCCAACUCGGUUCCUUCAUACUCGUUGCCUGGUUCCGUGCUGAAUAAGGAAUGGGAAAUGUUUUUCAUGAGCUAUUGCAGAGGACUCAAGAAUGCUGAUGGCAUUAUAGUAAAUUCAUUUGAAGAGCUCGAAUCCUAUGCGGUGCAGUCCUUUUACUCUCAUCCUGAACUAGCUAGUUUACCGAUUAUAUAUCCGGUGGGGCCCAUACUAAACCCCGAGCCCAAAACCAAGGGCACAGUUGAUUCUGAUGAUAUCAUUAAGUGGCUUGAUGAUCAACCUCCUUCCUCAGUAGUUUUCCUUUGCUUUGGGAGCAUGGGCUCUUUCGAUGAGGAUCAGGUUAAGGAGAUCGCGCAUGCUGUUGAGAAUAGUGGGGCCCGCUUCGUAUGGGCUUUGCGUAAACCCAAACCCAAAGGUGUCAUGCCUGCGCCCACUGAUUAUCCUCUUUCUGAAUUACUUUCAAUUUUACCGGAAGGGUUCUUAGAUCGGACGGCUGAGAUUGGAAAGGUCAUUGGAUGGGCCCCGCAGACCCAAAUACUGGCCCACCCAGCUAUGGGAGGAUUUGUUUCGCAUUGUGGCUGGAAUUCUACGCUCAAGAGCAUAUAUUUUGGUGUGCCAAUUGCCACUUGGCCGCUCUUUGCUGAACAACAAACAAAUGCUUUUGAAUUGGUGCAUGAGCUGAAGAUAGGUGUUGAGAUUGCAUUGGAUUAUAAGGUGGAUUUUAAUGGCGGGCCUAACUAUCUUGUAACUGCCGAUAAGAUUGAGAAAGGAAUAACGAAUGUGUUGGAUACGGAUGGAGAGGUAAGGAAGAACAUGAAAGAAAUGAGUGAAAAGAGUAAGAAGACUUUGUCAGAGGGUGGAUCUUCUUACACUUAUUUAGGUCGUUUGAUCGAUUAUAUUAUGAAUCAGGUGUGAAAUUAAAUUAUCCAUGUACUCACUUACAAAAAGGGUCAGAGAUUCCCACUUUUAUUGUCUAAAUGCCUCGAAUGAGAUUAACUUCAGUGUGGGAACCCUAUGAUAAAAAAAAGAGAGGUUAAAGGGUAUUGGCUUAAUUUUCAAUAUAACAAGGACUGAUCAUUUUCAUUUGGCAA